AUGAGUGUACCUUAAGGAGGAGGAUUUAACUUUUAUCAGCCUAAAAAUCAAUCAUUUACCUAUAACCACCAUAGUGAUUAAGACAGUGACUUCUAAGACAAUAAUACAAACAAUAGUCACACAUAAAAUAACAAUCAUCAUGGAAAGAUAUUUUCACUGCAAUAUGAAAAUGGAUAAAUUCAAAAUCAUGAUAUGAAUAAUUCUUAAACAUUUAAUAGAAACCCCUAAAGAUUUUAGGAAGAAAUUAAGAUCCUAGAUCAUUAAGAGUAUGAUCUAAAUGAUGAAACAAAUUAGGAUCGAAGAACUGGAUUAUCCAAAAGAACUCUUGAUUCACCCGAUAAAUCUCUGAGGAAAAAGAAAAAGAAUAAACAAAAAUAUAAAGCUAAGAAGUUUGACUAAAAGCAAAUUGACAAUUAAAUUUUAGAUCAUUUACCAGACAUCAAUAUGAAUUCGAUAGGCUCUCCAAAUGGUAUUAAUAACGAUUUUAUUGAUGAAGAAGAUGACAACAACCAAAUACAUUAUUCUGACGCUAAACUAAGGUAAAACGAUCUUAGCACAAUAGUAGCUGAUAGAAUGAGUAAUUAUGAUCAUAAUAGAGCAGCCGUAAAUUACAUGAACAACAGUGAUUUAUCUUAUAAAGUUCCAGGAAUCAGCACUGCUAAGAAAAGCAACAAGAUUGCUCCUUUAGAGGGAAUGCAAUUCAAUGAAUAUAAAAAUGAAAAUCUUAGCAGUAAGUUUGAGUCAUCAACCAUACGCACAAAAGCUAAAGAGUUUGAUUAGUAUAGCGUGAGAAACUCCCUAGAUGGAGACCAAAGAUCUAAGUCUUCGCACUAUUCUCAACCUUAAAAUAAUGGAACUCGAGAAGUUGAAGAAGAAGAAUACGGGACUAAAAAAUAUCAAAAUGGACCACAUAUUUUAGAAGUUGUUCACGGUAGUGCUACUAAACACUUCAAUACCAACUCCCCUUUAGACUAGAGUGAAGCAAUUAGCAAUGAGAAAAGACACCACAAUCAAUAAAAUAGCCAGACAAAUAUCAUCCAAAAUUAAAUCGAAAAUUAUAAUGAAUUUACCUAAGUAUUCUAAACUGAUAAGAAGAGAGCAAAGCAACUCUUCCUUUACAUUACAGUUGCUGGCUCAAUUGUUCAAUCUUUAAAUCUUGCUUUUAACUAUACUCUAUACGCUGCUGGAAAUUUCUCAACUGUCUUAAUUUACGAUCUCUUUAAGGGAUUUCUUAUUUUGAGACCAACUUUAAUAGGAAUAUUUACCCUUUACUACACAUUCAUCAUCAUUAAGAAAAGUCUAUUAAGCGAAGAAAUAGAAUAUCGGGUAAGAGCGAUUGAUGCUGCAAGUAAUUCCAUAAAGAAAAGGCCAGCCAAUUAAUUCAAAUGCUUUCAUAUUAUAUUCUACAUUAUAUCCCUUCCAGUUUUGCUAUAUACGGGCUACAUUAGAUUAAUAAGAACAGAAAAAGUAUUAAUGUGGACUUAGGCUCAUUAUUUUAUUGAGAUGAUGUCUUAAACUAUUCCAUUGAUCUUAGUUUAGAUCUAUAAUCAUUAUGGAGACUAAUUCUAUACUUAUUAAGCUCUCGAUAUACUAUUCAUGUUUUUUUCUAGCUUAAGUAUUAUUGAUGCCCUUAUUGAGCUCUUCUUUAGCAGACAUAUAAUUAGAGACGGGAAGAAAAAAACACUAAUGGGAGUUAUCUUAAAGAAGAAAAAGACCAUAUUUUACAUUACUACCCUUACAGCUGCAUUAGGAUUGGUUGUUACAGCAGGAUUGUCAAUUAUUGUUGUGUUUAGCUUUGGAGUAAGAUAAUGUGGCUCAAACCAAUUUUAAAGUGGUCCCUUUUGCAUAGAUUGUAAUAAUACACUACCAAAUUGCGAUGAAUGCGAUGAUCCUUUCGUUUGCAAGAAUUGUGUCUUUGGAUUAUAUCCUGAGGGAUAAAGUGGAUAGUGUUUGCCUUGCUCUAUACCACUUGGAAAUACUUGCAAAGACUGCAAUUCAUAGAAUAGUUGCAGUUAAUGUGAAGUAGGAUUAUUUAUAGAGAAUGGAAGAUGCUAGAACUGUGGAAAUGGCUGUACUGACUGCUCUGGAACUACCUGCUCUUCAUGUAUUAAAGGCUAUACAAUGAUAAAUGGCUCAUGCAAAAAAUGCUCAGAUUUGAUUGAUUAUUGUGAUGAGUGCUCUUCUGCUUCUAAGUGUACAGUAUGUCAAGGUAAUUAAUUGUCUGUAUAAUCAGAUGGUAAAUGUGGGUGUAAAGCUGGACUAUAAGCUUACUAUAACACUACAACUUAAUAAUGCAGCUGCUACUCAGGGUAUUUUAUGAGGAACUAGACAUGCGGUGAUUGUGAUUCUACUAUUUCCGGCUGCUAAAAUUGUGUUGGGCCAAAUAAACUAUCAACUGGACUAAUUCUUGAUGACGGCUAAAAGCUUUAAUGCAACAAUUGCGGUUACUAUAACUACUUGAGCACAGUAAAUUAGACUUGCCUUUUAUGUGAAAAGAAAUUUGUUGGUUGUGGUAACUGUGGAUUAGAUGGCACAGCUUGUGCAAAAUGUUUGCCAACCCAUUUGAAAUAAACUGUGAGUGGCAAAUCAGUAUGCACACCAUGCUAUAAUGUUAUAAAGGGUUGUGAAAAAUGUGUAAGUGAAAGUUCUUGUUCCUUAUGUCUUUCAGACUACAAUAUGAUAUUUGGUGUAUGCUGGAAGAAGCUAUUUUGA